CUUGGAUAUGUUCCUCAAAUUCUCUGUUCCCAUAGGCUCAGGAGCCUCCACUUGAUCUGAAUCUUUCUUGGGCUACGGUCAUCCUGGGAUUCCGGCUGGGAACAAGAGGGGCACAGACGGAGGCCCGGGAGCCAUGGGCGACUGGGGCUUCCUCGAAAAGCUGCUGGACCAGGUCCAGGAGCACUCAACCGUGGUGGGUAAGAUCUGGCUGACGGUGCUCUUCAUCUUCCGCAUCCUCAUUCUGGGCCUGGCCGGGGAGUCGGUGUGGGGUGACGAGCAGUCGGAUUUCCAGUGCAACACAGCGCAGCCGGGCUGCACCAACGUCUGCUACGACAAGGCCUUCCCCAUCUCCCACAUCCGCUACUGGGUGCUGCAGUUCCUCUUCGUCAGCACGCCCACCCUGAUCUACUUGGGCCAUGUCAUUUACCUGUCUCGGCGCGAGGAGCGGCUGCGGCAGAAGGAGGGGGAGCUGCGAGCCCUGCCGCACAAGGACCCGUGCGUGGAACGGGCGCUGGCCGCCGUGGAGCGUCAGAUGGCCAAGAUCUCGGUGGCGGAGGAUGGUCGCAUGCGGAUACGAGGGGCGCUGAUGGGCACCUAUGUGACCAGCGUGAUCUGCAAGAGUGUGCUAGAGGCAGGCUUCCUGUAUGGCCAGUGGCGUCUCUAUGGCUGGACCAUGCAGCCGGUGUUUGUGUGCCAGCGGCCGCCCUGCCCCCACCUCGUGGACUGCUUUGUCUCUCGCCCCACGGAGAAGACGAUCUUCAUCAUCUUCAUGCAGGUGGUUGGACUCAUCUCCCUGCUGCUCAACCUGCUGGAGCUGGUGCACCUGCUGUGCCGCUACCUCAUGCGGGGACUCAAGGCCCGGCAGGGCCAGAGUGCCCCUCCAGCUCAGGGGACCACCUCGGAGCCUUUCGCUGAUCAGGUCUUCUACCUCCCCAUGGGCAAGGAGCCCUCAUCCGAGCCAUGCCCCACCUACAGCGGGCUCUCAUCCAGUGAGCAGAACUGGGCCAACAUGACUACGGAGGAGAGGCUGGCUUCUUCUAGACCCCCCCUCUUCCUGGACCCAUACCCCCAGAGUAGUCAGAAAUCCUCCAGUAGCCCCUACAGCAGUGCUUCUAAGAAGCAGUAUUUGUAGGAACCUGGGGCUUAUGUCACCCAACAGCGGGCCUGGGAAGUCUGACUGCCUUGGGUGCCCCCUCCUUGAAGGCUCUGCAGAGACAACUAGGGCUGGGGGAAGCAGGUGCUUGCUGGCCAUAGGGCCUCACUAUAGGUUGUUCUUGGACACCUGGGGCCUUCCUGGUCACCAGAGGACACCCUGGUUUCCCCUCCAGAACCUGGCUUUGCCCCAGGUACAGAUCGAGCCAGCUUGGGACGCUCUUGGCCAAAGGCGUAGGCACUCUGGCCUUUUUCACUUUGUUCAGAGGGACCCGAAGCCAAGUUACUUCACCCCCACGGUCAUGGAAGAUUCUCGUCCACCCAGGUUGUGCUCACACCCUGUCCUUGUAGGAAGAGCCUGGUCGAGGCUGCUGGGUCAGCCUUGAUUAUAUGCAGAGCCUGUGAGCCUGUGGGGGAUCUGGCCCUGUCGAGGAGACUGAUGUCUUGUUCUCAUCACUCCUUCCUAAUUCCACUGUUUAUGCUUCUAAAAUAAACCAGACUUGAUCACCA